UCUCACAUGAAAAAAAAGUAGGAAACAAAUGGCCACCGUGAGCACAACAGACAGAGAGAACGUUGCGUAUGGCGAGUCACUGCAGAAGCUCAUGAAAAAGUAGCUAUUGAAUCGCGAUUGGCUGAUUGUAACUGAGGUCACAAGUUCAACAGUGCUGAGCAGUUCUUCAAUAAAUGAUACACAACGCUAAGGUCUUAUCCAAUAAGCACAGGAUGAGGGCGUGGACAGACAAUGUUUGCGUACAUGUUGAGAAGUAGGACAGUAGAAGACUGUGUACACCGCACCUGUAUACGCAUUGGACAUAGACGCACUGGCAUUCAAAUGAGUCACUGCAAGACGGUGUAUAGGAAGACGUCUGUGAGAGCUGCCAUGUUGAGAAGAGGGAGGAACGGUCGGUCUCGACAUUUAGCCUGGACCGAAACACGGCAAGAGACCGACACCAAGGCAGCGGUCCAGACUUCAGACAGAGAGGAGUGUGAAGGUCAGGCGAUGACACAGAUCACCAGCCUGGAGGCCGAGGUGGAUCACAUGGCCAGUUCCCAACCUGUGUCAGAGGUGGUGGCCUUGCCCAGCUCAGUGCCGGUCAUAGGGGAGUCCUUCUGCCAGUGUGACCCACAGGAGGAGCUCAGCCCCAUCUACAGCUUGACCAGUGAUUGCGUCUGUGGGGAGGAGGAUGAGGGAUUUGACUGGGUGUGGGAUGAGCACUUCAGGUCCCCCGGAGCCCUCCUCAGCUGUGACAACAGGAAGGUGAACUUCCACACAGACUACAGCUGUGGCACAGCUGCCAUUCGUGGCGUUAAGGAGCUGGCCGAUGGCCAACACUUCUGGGAAGUCAAGAUGACCUCGCCCGUCUACGGGACUGACAUGAUGGUUGGAAUAGGAACAUCGGAGGUGAACAUGGAGAAGUUCAAAUACAGCUUUGGCAGCCUGCUGGGCCACGAUGAGGACAGCUGGGGGCUCUCAUACACAGGGCUCCUCCAACACAAAGGCGACAAAGUGAAGUUUUCCUCUCGAUUCGGCCAAGGCUCUAUUAUAGGUGUCCACCUGGACACUUGGCAUGGCACGCUGACCUUUUACAAGAAUCGGCAAUACAUAGGUGUUGCUGCCACUAGACUCCAGAACAAGAAGUUCUACCCGAUGGUGUGCUCCACAGCGGCCAAGAGCAGCAUGAAGGUGAUCCGGGCCUGCUACACACCCACCUCCCUGCAGUACCUCUGCUGCGUCCAGCUGCACCAGAUGUUGCCCCGCUGCGCAGACAUUUACAACACACUGGCGUUGCCCCCCGGCCUGCGCGUCUUCCUCAACGCCCGCCUGGGCUGGGUCUUCAGCCUCAGCAGCAGUCCGGCAGAGACCCCCACGGAGUUCCCGGAUUUACCCGAGGAGAUGAGCCUGCCUUCGAGUCCCAGCCCCAGCUCCACCCUCAGUGCCUGCACCUCCCCAAGCCCCUGCCCCAGUCCGCUUCUUGACACUGUCCCACUCCACUGUCCCUGUCAGACGUCGUGUCCAGCUCAGCCCUACACAUGCCACUGUCCCCCAACUCCUCCCAGCAGUGACUACGACAGCUGCUGCUCAGAGCCAGAGGACUACCAAUACAAACGGUUCCGCUGGGUAUGACUCCAUAGUCAAGGUGUAUUUAUAUUUGUACAUGUGGGUGGGACACAGGUAAUCUACCACUGCCAUCAGUGUCUCCUGUGGAAAAUCGUCGCAAAGAGAUUCAUCUCAACCUUGAGUUGUUAUGUCUUUGUAAACAGUAUGGGGAAGAGGAAGCACAUAUAUGGUGUGGGAGACACUGAAUGCACUGAAGACAUCUGGGUACCACUUUUUUUAGACUGUGUCUUUGAUGGAGCUAUUUGUACCACUCUACUUUUUUAACCAUGUUGGUCACUGUCUGUCUAAUAUUUGUCAGAUUAGACUCAGACCUGUGAAAACCAUUAAAAAGGUAAUUGUUUCUCUCAGGGAUAGACUCCAGAGGGACACUUACAUACUGUGGAUAUGACUUAAUAUGUAUGUGCUUUGUAAUCAGCAUUUGGUUUGAAUAUAAACUUACUGAAGGAUUUGUUACUCAUCUGUGUUUUUCUAUAUACAGUUAUGCUUUGUUUAUGAACUUUCGUACUCAGGCAAUUGUAUAAAAUAAAAGAAUGAAACAAA